AUGGAUUGCCUCGCCGCUAUUAGCGUGCUUUGGGAUGGUAUGAAGAAACGGGUUAUGAGAGGUGUCCCAAAGGACGAGGCUAUAGUCUUCAUUGAUGCGCAAAGAGGCGCGGACGACCUUGUGGUGACAAUUUGUCGAGGAUUUUCACCGGACUACUUGCCAUGGAGCGAAUUCAAGUCACUUGGAUCAUUUGCGACAAGCGCAGUUGUCGCUGCUGGAUGGAGCUGCAGGAAGUUGGACCAGAUAGCGGAAUCUGUGCGCGAAGGGCUGUUUCUUGAGGAGGAAUUGGAUCAACUUCGAGAACAGGCUAGGGAUAAGCGUAACCGGGUUUCUAUUCGUCGUCCCUCAGAUUAA